CCAUUCAUUUAGACAAGUUGGAGGUGUUCUCAUUGCGCUCAACAAUGAAAUCUUCUCUACUGAAGAAAUUAAAUUUGACAACGUGGACAUUGAGCACGUAUGCAUUAAAGCGAGCUUGCCAACACACAACAUUUUUAUUUAUAAUUAGACCUCCCAUCGCGUCCGGAAACGUCCGGAAUUUCGUGAAAUUCCGGAUAUUUCGGCAUGAUCCGGUUUUCUCUAACGAUUUCCGGAUAUUUUCAAAUUUUGAGAAAACGUAUUAAAAUGUUCUACAUUUUAACACAAUUUCAUUUUAAUUUUCGACGAUUCCACACCAAGCGGGACAAAAUUUGCAAGUGAUUUCUCCGAUUUCGCUCAAACUUGGUGUAUAAACUUCUUAUCGGCAAAAACUCGCAAAGCCAAAAAAUUAAGGUGACCUUCCCCACCCAGGGUGACCCAAAUAUUGAAAAAAAUGGAAAAUGGCACUUUUUUUACAUUUUCACACUAGAAAAGUGUGGUACAAACUUUCGAAACUAUAUGCAUGGUUGGAUAGAUAAUCGAUGGGGCUAAAAAAAGUCCAUUACGACCACCCCAUCCGGGCCCAUUCAUGCCCUGAAAAGUGGGUUCAAAGUAUUAAAUGUGAAAAAAGUCAAUUAGACGUGGUUUUAUUUUUUCGAUUUUUUGGGCUUAAAUGGUAGGCAACCUCAAAAUCUAAAACAUGGUGAAUCCGAAUCUCUACUUGCACUUUCUAAAAAUGUAAAAAAAAAUUUUUUAUGUAAUUUUGAUCUCACCAUUUUCACAGGGUUUUUGGCUAUAUAAUUUUUUUACACACCAAAUAGGUGUUCUGACGAUGGUGGUGUGUGCUGAUGAAAUGCCCAGCAGACUCCAAUGAAUCAAAUAAUACCAUUGGUUGGGGCCGCUCUCUCCUUUGGAGGGACAGGGGAGGCUCAAAAAUUCGAAAAAUCACAAAAAAUCACUAUUUUAGAGCAAAAACAGGGCAGAAACCCGCUUUUGGCCCCAAAUCACUAUAAUAUUCGGAAAACUCGUAAAAAAUACUACUUACGCGUAGAACAUUUUAACUUGAUCAAACCCUUCCUUCUGCUUCAAAUCGGGGUCGGUAGUUUGAAAAAUCGUGUUUCUGCAAGUAUGCGACCAUUUUUAACUGCUUCAAAGGCACUAGCACUGAUGCGAUGUGUUCCUUAAAUAUAGUGUUUGAUGUCUAGUUCCUUGUAGCAUAUAACACGUGUCACUUAUAUGGCUCAAAUUUGGCAUUGGGAGGCUAAUAUUGAAGAAAAAGGUGAAAAAAUCGCACAAUCACACCACAACUGCCGAAAUCAAGGCAGUGGACCUGAUUUUUGGCCAAAAAUGAUUGCAUUUUCGAAUUUCUCGUAGAUAAAAUUUUCUUUAACUUUGUAAAAAUCAUUAUAAUCGUAUCAUUUGAAGUGUUUCUUGUAGUUUUGAACCAUUUUCAAUAAAAUUAACCGGAAAAAUAGACAGAAAACCCGAAAUUGAUAUUUUUGAUUUUUGGUUGGUUUCACGGAUAGAGAUCAAUAAGCGGUUAUGUAGUAUGCAAGUCGACUAGAUAUGGUAUUUUGGGUUAGUAUUUGAUGGAAAAAUAUUUGUUUCAUCUCUGGCUACAGUUUUGGUGGCACAAUAAUCAGGAAAAAUGAAAAACCGUGCGCGUUUUGGUCAAAAAACUAGUAAAAAUGGCCUUUUUUUGAUAUUUUCGUCAAAAAAUCCACCCAAAGAUGAUUUUUUGGCAUAUUGUUUCGACGAAAUUUGUUUUUCUGACUCUUUUCUAUGAAAUGAAAAAAGAUUUCAAGUCAAUAACAUCAUGAGUUAACGACCAAAACAUGAUGAUAUAAAAGUCUAAAAAUCCUAGCCCACACAAAAUAUUUGAUAGGUCGAUAUUUUUCUUAUUACCACGUCAACGGAGAAAUCGUAGUAUGCAGUUUUGUUUGUUUUUAGGUCCCCUAACAUCCUGCAUUUAAAGUGUCCAUGUGUGAGAGCAGAAGUUGAAAUUUGUUGUACGGUGUAAUAUACGUUCACGAAAAUACGUUGUCUUUUUCAAACAUAGUAGUUCAAAUUCAACAAGUCGUCCUGCGAAGGUGCACUUAAGACUGUCUGGCGUGUAUUCAAUUUGUACUUUAUUCUGACAGCCGCGUUGUAAUUAAUGAUGACAGUUCGGUUUCGCCGCUCUGGUUCGGUGCGACGUAAACAAUUUGCACCUGAACCUUGAAAAAUGCGCCGUCCUUACAAUCACCACAAAAAGGAAGGAUAUCAUCGAUACUAAUUACAAAUACGGUGAUUUUACCUUCUUUAUUUCGGACCACAAAGAUCUCGACGUCAUCAUUUACCAGAAGCUGAGCUUUGUCAAGCCCAUUGACGCGAUUACAUCGAAGGCGACAGAAAGACUACUAUAUAAUUAUUACACACCAAAUUGUACAAAAAUCAAAAGAUCAGGUUUUUCACGACUCUUGGAGUCGUUUCAAACAAUGCGAUAUCGCCUAGAUAUAUCCAUUGGAUAUUUCUGCUGGACGGCAUAUUUUGUUGCGUUUGAACAAACGCUUCGUUACACAGUGACGGUGUCGCGCGUGACAUACACAGAACAGAGCGCAUUUGAGGACGCUACCAUUUGUGUGCCCACUGUUCGUAUGUGUUCAAAGACUUGAUCGCUCAUGUAUUUGUAUUUGCGACGCCUCCUCAAAUGCGCUCUGUUCUAUGUAUGUCGCGCGCGACACCGUCACUGUGUAACAAAGCGUUUGUAUAAACGCAACAAAAUAUGCCGUCUAGCAGAAAUAUCCAAUGGAUAUAUCUAGGCGAUAUCUCAUUGUUUGAGUUCUUUUCCUGCAAAACUUAUUAUUCAGCCAGUCUUUUGGCGGUGUUGAAUAAAUAAAAAAAUAACAACACGUUUGAGAAAAGAUAGACUAACUGGAGCGUUGAACAAAUUAAUGUCGGCCUCAACGACUGCGAAGUUCAUCGUUCAAUUUAUCAAAGAGGUGAUGAAUUGAAGAGAAUUUUUACGUCUAAUCUAAAAAAGUCCCUGUUGGUAUGUAGUUUUGAAUUUACAAUUCAUAUCGAGACCGAAAGAUAUGACCAAUUUGGAAGAAUUAAGUAUGAACAUUGACUCAAAUAAUGUACGCAAUCGGAGAGAGCAUACGUAUCUUACGGCACACUGACCACCUCAAGAUUGAAGAUAAGCUCAUGGACAAACAAAUCAGAGCUCGAGUGCCUCAAAUGUGUUAAUUUGCAAACAAAGUGGCUGAUCAAUUCAAUAAUUCAACCAUCCGUGCAAACUUCAUCUCGUCGGUACGCAGCGAACGAAGCCAAAAAUUUAAUAUAAAAUAUUGACAAAUUGUUAUUUAUUUAUUUAUUUAUUUAUUUCAGCGCCGUAGCGUCCAUACAAGCAUUUAUUUAUACUCAUCCAACUGCUUUAUUACGAAUCGCUAUAAACGAACACCGCGAUGGACAGUAUACUUUAUUGUUUAUCCACUUGGCUGUUCUCUUUCUACGAACUCAGUGAUUUUGCUUAUAAGCCAAAAAUUCUUAUAAACAAAAUGGCAUUAUUAAAAAUGAAUCUAGAAUAUUUGAAGCCGAUGAUAUUGUAAGCGCAACCGGAAUUGUGAUUGCCAUAUCCAAUAUGGACUUUGCAUUUUUGUUAGUUAAACAUCAUUUCACUCUCACCACAGUAAAUUAAUAUUUUCUUUGUUGAUUUGUUUAAAGGAAAAUUGAUUUAAAUUUGUUUUAGCAUCGAAAAAUUUAGAAUUGUUGAUUUUGUUAAAGAUUAAAUUGUUAAAUUUUUUUUUGGGAUUUUUGAUUUGAAACAAGACGUGGGAGUGUUGAAAACAGUGUUACCACAAGUAGAAUAUUAUUGUGUCAAAUCAAAUGGCAUCAACGUCAGGUUGCAUUCUCAUUGCUAAAUUCAGUUCACUACAAACUGCUCAAUGAAUAAGACGCUUAACAGCAUAAACACAAUCGUCUAUUCUCUUUUAUUCUCUCUCACAUUUCCAGUCUCAAGUGGUUGAAGUGAUUUUUGAUGAUUUUCACUGCACUUUCGUUGUCCACAAAAAGUAUUGGCGAAUUCGAAACGGUUGUUUCAUCCACUUCUCGAAGUAAGCGUUUUAGCCAGAUCAAUUCUCUCGAUGCGAGUGAUGCCGCGAUGUAUUCUGAUUCAGCUGUCGAGUGUGACACUGAUGAUUGUCUUUCAGAACACCAACUUACUUUCCCUUUUCCAAGUAAUAGACAGUAACCAGUGGUUGACCUUCGUGUUUCGGUACAACCAGCGUAAUCGGCAUCACUUAUUUUAAUAUCCGUUUCACUGCUGUCACAUGAGCUUCGGUAGGUCGUUCCAUGAAUCGACUGACGUAACCAACAGCAAAACUGAUAUCUGGUCGAGUGCCGAUUGCCAGAUAAAUCAUAGAUCCAACCACUUGUCGAUACGGGAACUUCACGUUCGAUGCUUCCUCUGCUGCCCCCAACACUUGUUGAUGAUUUACUGGUGUUGCUACUGGAUUUGAGUCCUCGAAGCCAAACUUGCUUAACACCCGGCUGAUGUAUGAUGAUUGACUCAAAUGUAUCGAUCCGUUUGACGUUCGAUUUAUUUCGAGUCCCAGAAAAUAAUUCGCUUCAAACACUUUAAUCUCAAAAUGUGUUUGCAAAUAUUCGAUGACUGGCACAAUGCAUGACUCGCUCGUUGAAAUUAUCAUGCCAUCAUCCACAAAAAUGGCCAAAUAAGUUGUAUGAUUGCCACUUUUUCGAAAGUAAACACAUGCAUCCGCUUCGCUCUCCUUGAACUCAAAAUCGAUGAUGAAUUUUCUGAAUUUUGCGUUCCAACACCGUGGAGCUUGCUUCAAACUGUAUAGACUUUUCUUCAGCCUACACACACGAUCGGUGCCAUCUUCAAAACCAAUGGGCUGCCGCAUAUACACCUCCUCUGUCGAAUCACCGUAGAGAAAGGCUGUUUUGACAUCAAAUUGUUUCAUGAACAUUUUCUUUUCGGCAGCAAUAGCCAGCAGCGUUCGCACUGAAGCAAAUUUUACCACUGGACUGAAUGUUUCAGUAUAAUCGAUGCCAUAACAUUGCGUAAAACCACGCGCUACCAAACGCGCUUUAUAACGGUCGAUCGUAUCAUCUUGAUUUCGUUUGAUGCGAAAAACCCAGCGAUUAUCAACUACACGCUGUCCUUUUGGAAGAAUAGCCAUCUCCCACGUUCGAUUUUUAAUCAGCGAAUCGUACUCUUCGUUCAUUGCAUGCACCCAUGCCUUACUUCUUUCAUCGUUGAUGGCUUCAUUGUAAGUUGUGGGCUCCGUAGUAGUUGCCAAAAAUGCACAACUUGCGACACUUGCACCCGAACGUGUACGUGCAUCAACAACAUUUGACCGUUGAACAUCGCAGAAAUUAUUUGAUUUAAGAAAUAAGUGUUUGGUGCGCGUCUGGCUCGAAAUAUCAAAGUGUCGAAUCCAAAAGUUGCCAGAAUUUACGGUUUACCAAAGAUACAUAAAGCCGGAAACAAAAUGAGGCCGAUUGUAUCUAGUAUCGGGACCACUGACUAUCUCAUUGCUAAAUGAGACUUCGCUCAAAAAAUUGAAAAUGUUGUUGUGAAUUGUGAUGAGACUAAAAUUUCAUUUGAUGUGUGUUCUUUAUUUCCAAGUAUUCCAAUUGAUGUUGCAUUGUUGCAUUGAAGGAAUUUGAAAGAUAUUUAGAGCAAAUUGAUAUUCCAUUCGAACAAAAAUCAGUUUAUUACCAAGCAGCACGUAUGUGUAUGGAUCAUAGUUAUUUUCAAUUUCUUGAUUCGUUUUAUCAUGUGUCGAUUGGAACUAACAUGGGAAAUCCGCUUAGCCCAUUGAUUAGUGAGUUAUUCAUGUCGGCAUUCGAACGAAAAUUAAAACAAGAAAACUUGCUUCCCAGAAUCUGGUGGAGAUAUGUAGACGAUGUGUUCGCGAUAAUAAAGAAAGACGAAAUUGACUCAGUGUUAAACGUGCUCAAUAAUCGAUUCGAUUCGAUUAAAUUUACGUGUGAGAAGGAGAAUGAUAAAUGUAAAUUAUCGUUUUUGGACAUCGAAUUGUCAACUUCUGUGGACAAUAAAAUUGAUAUUGCCAUUUACCACAAACCCACUGACACCUUGAGAACAAUAACUAGUGAUUCAAACUGUAGCAUGCAACACAAAUUGGCUGCGUAUCAUUCAAUGGUUCAUCGAUUGUGUCGAAUGAAACUCUCAGCACAAAAUUACAUGACUGAAUACGCUCGCAUAAAACAAAUGGCGAAGAUAAAUGGCUUCAAAGGAGAUUUGGUCGACGUGUUGAUAAAAAAACAUUUAGACAAAAUAAACAAAUUUAAUUUAUCGACAUUGUUUUCGCAAAACACGCCAGAAGUGGAAAGAGUUAGAGUUGGUUUGCCAUAUAUCCCACAAAUUAUGAAAAAGAUAAAAAAUAAGUUUCGUGAAUAUAAUUUAACCAUUGUGUAUACGAAUCAAACCAAAAUAAUGAAUUUGUUGGGUUCAACCAAAGACACAAUUGAUUCUUUACACAAAUCUGGCAUUUAUGCUAUUCAGUGCCCCGUUUGUAUGUGUGAAUACAUUGGACAAACGAAACGUAACAUUUCAGUUCGUUUCCGUGAACAUUGUUUGUGCAUAAAAAACAAACAGGGCUACCGCUCUGCCUUAGCAUUCAUUACAUGCAUUGAACAGCGGUCAUUUGAAUAUCGACAUAAGCAACUUACGGCUGGUGAAAGAGAUAGGCGACGCGCGCAAAUUAGACGCAUACGAAAGUUGCUUUAUUCAGAGGAGCAACAACGCAUUGAAUCUGGAUAACGGGAACAUCGAGUCAAAUUUGCUGUCUCGUUUGCUAUGAUGCUACACCGCUAAAUGCAUUUUACAAUGUGAAA